AAAUUGAAAAUACCUUUAAAUUGAUUGAACACAUGGUUUGCAUUUUGUGUUGUUAUUUGACUUUAAAAUAAUUAUCACAACAUUUAUGAUUACAUUGUCGUCAAAAGUAUCACUUUAAUUGAUCCGUAAGAAUACAAGUGUAUAGAAAUGACAAGAGAAACAAAUUUUAUUCGCGGAAAGUCUCCUAAAGUGGUGGCCAACGAGUCGUCAGUARUAAAGACAUCAACGGAUUCGUCAAAGACAUUAACCACUGAUUUAGCCGAAGACGCGUUGUUUAAUGUAAGGAAAAGAAAACAAAAUGAUUGGCAAACUGUGACUAAAGGAAAGAAAAAGAAAAAUAAGAAAAGAAAUGAUGAAGAAAUGGUUACAAAUGAUGAUAAUGUUGUCAUUGAAACAAUGUCUUUGUCCGCAUUACCAGAAGGAAUGGUAAUCUAUGGUUGCAUUCARCAGAUAAGUGAUUUUGAGAUCAAGUUUAGUCUCGUCAGUGGAAUCAUUGCCACCGUUUCCAUCACUAAUAUUUCCAACUCUUAUACUCGUCUUCUUCAAUCAUUGGCUGAUAAUCAGUCCAUUGUCUCUGAUAUGGAAGUCCUUAAGCCUAACGGUAUGUUUAAAAUCGGACAAUACUUUCCAAUUAAGAUAUUAAGUAUAUCGAAGAAAUUAAAAAGCUUUAAAGCCGUUGAUGUUAUGGCAUCUAUGAACCCAAAAGAUAUAUACAAAGACAUUAAGAUAUCUUCAUUGUUAAAAGUACCACAAAUUCCCAUUAUUGCUGCCGUGGAUAGUGUUGAAGAUCAUGGAUUUGUUAUGGAUAUUGGUUUUGAUAAAAUAAAAGCSUUUUUACCGAAAGAUAAGUCGGAAACUGAUCGCAAAACAUUAUCUGCCGGAAUGUUGGUKUUGUGUGCCAUCGAUCGUGUGGUCAGUGACCGAAGUAUCACUUUAACGACCAACUCUAAAGUCAUAUCAAAGUUUAARCUCAAGUCAGAUAGCGGUGUGAUUGCAUCGGUAAUGACUCCCGGCCUCAUAGUUAAGGCCACUGUUAUGAAUGUGAAACAACACGGACUUGAAGUCAACAUUUUAGAUGAGUUUAAGGGUUUUGUGACCAGAAGUUUCUUAAAGAAUGAAUGGGAUUUACCUAAAAAUAUGUAUCAAAUUGGAGAUCAAAUUGAAGGCAUAAUAUUAUACAGACAUCCUAUUACUAAACACUUUGCACUUUCAUUGAAACCUAAAUAUGAAUUAAAAGUAAUUAAAAGUUUUCUUCAGAACAACAGAAUUGGUACCAUUUAUGACGAGUCUGUUGUUUUAGGAAAAGAUAAUUUCAGAAAUAUUAUCUUUAAAUUGUCAAAUGGUGUCAAAGCUUUAGCUCAUAAAAAGGAUUUAUCUGAUAAAGUAAGCGAAGAUACAGACUUUGAUACUUUAUAUAGUAUUGGAUCAAAGCAUAGAUGUCGAGCCAAAGCUAUUAAUCUAAUGGAUAUGACUGUUACGGUCACUUUAAAACAGACACAACUGAGCGCUUCAUCCUUGACCAUCGAUGAUCUCGAUAUUGGAUCUAUUGUUAAAGGAAAUGUUAAAAAGGUCACUAAAGAUGGAGUUGUUGUGUAUUUGGGAUUUGGCUUAAAAGGCUUUAUUCCGAAUAUACAUUUGACAGAAGUGUCACAAAUCCAUAAUAGGGAACAACUCUUUACGAAAGGACGAGAAAUCAAGUGUCGAGUGUUUAAAAUGGAUAAAAACACGACUCCUUUUAAAGUGAGUCUUACCUGCAAAAAGUCAUUACUUUCAAAAAAGUUAAGACUUUUAACUUCAUAUGAAGAGGCCGUUCAAGGCUUUCAAACAGACGGAGUCAUUGCUUUGGUUUUAAAGACAGGGAUUUUAAUUGAAUUCUUUAAUGGUGUCAAAGGCUUUGUUCCGUUAAAAUUUUUGAGUACUAAUGCCAUACAAUCUCCUGAAAAUCUCUUCACUGUUGGACAGAUCAUUAGAUGUUCUGUUGUGCGAACUGAUCCAAUAACUGAAAAGAUGACGUGUACUUUGAUUACCGACAAAACCAAGAAAGUUAUAAAUGCCGAUCCAAUGACAGAAACUAAUAUUAAUUUUGAAGAAAAUAGUGAAGAAUUGACGAAACAAAAUAAAAAUCGAAGUAAACGAGAGUCUGACGACUAUUUAUCAUUAAAUCUCUUUAAUAUCGGAACUAUAGUUAAUGGUAAAGUUCAAAGAGUUACCAGUGCUGGUGUUGAUAUAGAUCUAGAAGUUAGRGGAGUGAAAGGUUUUGUACCAGCGAUUCAUUUGUCAGAUAACACGGAUGACUCCCAACAAGUAUUAACAAUUGGAAAGUCUAUUAAAUGUCGUGUUUAUAAAAUUGAUUUGAAUUCAUCUCCGCGUAAAUUAUAUCUUACGUGUAAAAARUCAUUAUUAUCUGAAAGUUUGAAUUUAUUGAAUUCGUAUGAAAAGGCUGUCAAAAAUUUUCAAACGGAUGGUGUUAUCGGUUUGAUUCAUAAAAAGGGAUUAUUAAUUGAAUUUUUCAAUAAUGUCAAAGGAUUUAUUCCAUAUAAACAUUUGAAUACAUUUAAAUUAUUUAAGGAUUCGCCCGAAAAAAUCUUUACUAUUGGACAGAUUGUUAGGUGUCGGGUAGUGAAGACUGAUGUAAACAAGAAGAAGAUGACCUGUAAAUUGAUGAAUAUUGAGAACUACCAGAAAAAUAAUAAUAAAAUUGAAAACACAAAACCUAAACCUAAAUGUGAAGAUGUUUUAAAAUUAGACGAACCUUUUGUUUGGAAUGUUGACAAUUCCACACCUAAUUUGAAUCGUUUGGAUUCGCUUACAGACGACCAACCGUUGUCUGASAGCGAAGAUUCUGAUGAUAAUUGUGAAGAUGAAAGUCCUAAAAGAAAGAAGACUCGUCGGGAACGCAAUGAACAGUCGAGACUUAAUGAACAAAAUCUUCGCACAACUGAAAGAUUAUUAAUGGAUACCCAAAGAAAACCUGAAACAGUGGAUGAUUUUGAAAGAUCAUUGUUUGCAUCACCUAAUAGUUCUUUGGUUUGGCUUAAAUAUAUWGCUUUUUAUUUAGAACAGACAGAAGUUACCAAAGCUAGAGAAUUGAUCCAAAGAGCUCUUAAAACUGUAUCGUUUCGCGAAGAAGAAAGACUUAACAUAUGGUUUGCAUCAAUUAAUUUGGAAAAUCUUUACGGAACUCAACAAACAUUGGAUGAUGUCUUUGAAAAUGCUGUUCAAUUCAACGAACCAUUUAUUAUAUAUAACCAUUUGGUCAACACUUAUACUGAGUCAAACAAACUGGAAGAAGCGGAACUGUUGUAUAAUACUAUGUUAAAGAAGUUUAAGCAUAAUAAAGAUGUUUGGAUUAAUUUUGGAUUGUUUUAUAUGAAAAGUAAACGGUUUGAGUCAGCCCGCAAACUCAUGUUGUCUUUUGAUGAUAUGAUUAACUCCAAAGAAUUUGUAUUUGAUAUUAAAGGCAAUGAUGUCAUUGUUUUUCUUCAUAUACAGAAAACAGGUGGCACAGCUUUUGGUCGCCAUUUAGUCCGCGAUCUCGACUUAGAGAAACCAUGUCUUUGCAAAAAGGGUCGCAAGAAAUGCAAAUGUUUUCGUCCCGAUUCUGAGGCCAAAUUGUGGCUAUUUUCUCGAUACUCGACGGGAUGGAUAUGCGGACUUCACGCAGAUUUUACUGAACUAAUGAGUUGUGUUGACAAUGCUUUAGAUGAACGUGAAAAUCAGCGGACAAAACGUCGAUAUUUUUAUAUAACUUUAUUAAGAGAACCAAUUUCUAGAUUUUUAUCGGAGUAUAGACACGUCCAAAGAGGUGCCACUUGGAAAACAUCUCGUCAUAUGUGUGACGGACGGCCGCCAACUAAAGAAGAACUGCCGUCUUGUUAUUCAGGAAGUGAUUGGAGAGGAGUCACUAUUGACGAGUUUAUUGGUUGUGAAAAUAAUUUAGCUAUUAAUAGACAAACACGAAUGUUAGCGGAUCUAUCACUUGUCGGUUGUUAUAAUAAGACAUUUAUGAGUGUUCGUGAAAGGGAUGUAAUACUGUUGGCCAGUGCUAAGGAAAAUCUUCGGCGAAUGGCUUUCUUUAGUCUCUGUGAACACCAAAAGAUAUCUCAAUAUUUGUUUGAAAUGAGUUUUCAUCUGAAUUUUUUGCAACAAUUUGAUCAAUUGAAUGAAACGCACAGCACUUUAACUGUCAGUCAUCUGAGUGUCGAAACAUUAGAUAAGAUAAAACAAUUGAAUCAUUUAGACAUUGAAUUAUAUGAAUUUGCCAAACAAUUACUAUUUGAAAGGUUUAACAACAUGAAAAGUUUUGAUUCAAAUUUUGAAUUUAACUUUCAAAAUAUUGGUGUCAGUUAUCAACUUAACAACAAAAAUAAUGUCACCGACAAUACUAACGGACAAAUUAAUGACAUUCUCUCCGAUUACCACUACUAUUGAUGAUAUUUAGUAGUAGAUCAUUGAGUUGUGAUUUAUAUCUAAUUUAUUGCUUUUUAUUUGAUAGCGUUUUAAGUGUCAUAACAUUUUAAAGCCAAAAACUUUAUAUUUUAUCAUAUAUUGUGAUAUUCUAUACGAUA